AUGGGGGAGCUAGGGCAAGAGACUGUGGAUUUCAAGGCGCUGGUGGGCCGCGCCGCGACAGAGUCGUAUGUAUUGCUGAAGGAAUUGGUGGAGAAAUCUAAAUCUGCUGAACUCUCUGACUCGGAGAAGAAGAUUAUGAUUCUUAAAUAUAUUGUUAAAACCCAGCAGCGAAUGCUCCGUCUCAACGUCCUCUCCAAAUGGUGUCAACAGGUUCCUUUGAUACGAUACUGUCAGCAACUUGCUUCAACUCUAUCAAGUCACGAUACAUGCUUCACCCAAGCUGCAGAUUCAAUGUUUUUCAUGCAUGAGGGGCUACAACAAGCUCGUGCUCCCAUAUAUGAUGUUCCGUCUGCAAUUGAGGUUCUUCUUACGGGAACUUACCAGCGUUUGCCUAAAUGUAUAGAGGAUGUGGGUACACAGGGCACGUUGAAUGCAGAUCAGCAAAGUCCAGCUUUGAGGAAACUAGAUGCACUUGUUAGGUCUAAGUUACUUGAAGUUUCACUUCCAAGAGAAAUUACCGAAGUCAAGGUUUCUGAUGGCGUCGCUUUGCUUCGUGUUGAUGGUGAAUUUAAGGUUCUGGUUACCCUUGGUUACCGAGGACAUUUGUCAAUGUGGAGGAUAUUGCAUUUGGAGCUGCUUGUUGGUGAGAAAGGUGGGCAUGUGAAGCUGGAAGAGUCGAGACGGCGUGCUCUUGGAGAUGAUUUUGAACGCAGAAUGGCUGCCUCGGAAAACCCAUUCAUGACAUUAUAUUCCAUUCUUCAUGAGCUUUGUGUUGCCCUCGUUAUGGACACUGUAAUAAGACAAGUGCAAGCACUUAGGCAAGGCAGAUGGAAAGAUGCAAUUCGGUUUGAGCUGAUAUCUGAUGGGAGUAGUGGACAGGGAGGGAAUGCUAGCUCGACCCAGAUCACUCAGGAUGGAGAAACUGAUUCAGCUAGUUUACGAACUCCUGGAUUAAAAGUUAUAUAUUGGUUGGAUUAUGAUAAAAACUCAGGCACAUCUGGCACAGGAACAUGCCCAUACAUGAAAAUUGAACCUGGUCCAGAUUUGCAGAUAAAGUGCCUUCAUAGCACAUUUGUGAUUGAUCCUCUGACUGGCAGGGAGGCUGAAUUUUCCCUUAACCAAAGUUGCAUUGAUGUGGAAAUGUUGUUGCUCAGAGCUAUUUACUGUAAUAAAUAUACUCGCCUUCUUGAGAUAUGUAAGGAACUGGAGAAGAAUGACCAGAUAUGGCAAGCUCCAGGUGAUGUCCAACUUCAAUUCUGUACAGAUGAAUGUGAUGCUGACAACAAAAAGAAGGACGAUACAUUCAGUCCCCAGAAGUAUGAAGGUGGGGAAGUUCUGUGUGUGCGUGCCUAUGGUUCAUCAUUUUUCACCCUUGGAAUAAACAUAAGGAAUGGUCGCUUUCUUCUUCACUCAUCCAAAAAUAUUAUAUCAUCGUCAGUGCUGCUAGAGUGUGAAGAAGCUUUGAACCAGGGAAGCAUGACUGCAACAAAAACUUUCAUCAACUUGCGGAGCAGUGCUAUUUUGCACUUGUUUGCUUGCAUAGGCAGGUUCUUAGGCCUUGAGGUAUUUGAACAUGGUUUUACUCCAGUGAAGGUGCCAAAGAACAUUUCAGAUGGUUCAAAUUCAUUAAUAUUGGGAUUCCCAGAAUGUGGGAGCUCUUACUUUUUGCUGAUGCAACUCGACAAGGAAUUCAAACCACUUCUCAAGUUAAUAGAAGCUCAGGCAGAUUCCAUAGGGAAAGGUCGACCUAUCGAUAACAUGAAUAAUGUCAUUCGAGUAAAUAAUGUCGAUAUUAGUCAGAUGAACAUGUGUGAAGACGAACUCAAUUUGAGUCUUCUUGACCAUAGAAAGAUCCUUACAAUACUUAGUGAUGUUGACGGUAGCCGAAUUUCUGAGCGUGGUCCCUCUGACUCCAGCAAUGAGAGUUUCGCGCUUCGACCUAAUCUGCCAUUAAGUUUUUCCUCCAUUGUUGAUGAGGUGUUUGAACUUGAGAAAGGGUCAAAUGCCCCUUCUUUUUCUGGGCAUGCUGAAGCGAACAAAGGCAAUGCACCCUCUAGUAUAUAUGUGUCUGUUCUGCUUCAUGUAGUCAGGCAUUGCUCACUAUGCAUCAAACAUGCUCGACUAACUAGUCAGAUGGAUGCACUCGACCUUCCAUAUGUUGAAGAGGUGGGUCUGAGAAGUGCGUCCUCAAACUUAUGGUUCCGGCUUCCUUUUGCCAGUGGCGAUACAUGGCAAUACAUAUGCUUGCGUUUGGGGAGACCUGGAAGCAUGUAUUGGGAUGUCAAAAUCAUUGAUCCACACUUUAAAGACUUGUGGGAGCUUCAAAAGGGUAGCAAUAAUACUGCUUGGGGUUCUGGUGUUAGGAUUGCUAAUACAUCUGAUGUGGAUUCCCAUAUUCGUUAUGAUUCAGAAGGUGUUGUGUUGAGUUACAAUCAUGUGGAGGCUGACAGUAUUAAGAAGUUAGUCGCUGAUAUCCAAAGGCUUUCAAAUGCUAGAAUGUUUGCCCUUGGAAUGAGAAAACUACUUGGUGCCAGGACUGAUGAGAAAUUGGAAGAGAGCCCUGUAAACCCUGACAGCAAGCCUUCUGCUGGAGCCAAAUCUGUUAAUGAGACACCUGAAAAGUUUUCUGAACAGAUGAGAAGGGUAUUCAGAAUCGAAGCAGUUGGAUUGAUGAGUUUGUGGUUUAGCUUUGGUUCAGGGGUCCUUGCUCGCUUUGUUAUCGAAUGGGAAGCUGGCAAAGAGGGUUGUACAAUGCAUGUUUCUCCAGAUCAGCUUUGGCCGCAUACAAAGUUUCUGGAAGAUUUUAUCAACGGGGCUGAAGUUGCAUCCCUUUUGGACUGCAUUCGACUUACUGCUGGACCCUUGCAUGCUCUUGCUGCUGCAACACGGCCUGCACGAGCUGCUCCUGUUUCUGGGGUUCCUGGUGUUGCAGCAUCUUUUUCUUCUACUUUGAAGCAGAGUGGGUACAUACCGUCUCAGGGUCAUCUGCCAAGCAAUUCUAACACAAAUACAAGUCAAGCUUCCUCUGGUUCUGCAGGUAAUCUUGGUGCACCUAUCCCUUCUGGUCCUGUUGGGAGUCACAGCCACCAUACUGCUACAAUGUUGGCAGCGGCAGCAGCUGCUGCUGCUGGAAGAGGUGGUUCUGGCAUUGUUCCAAGUUCUCUGUUGCCUAUUGACGUUUCUGUUGUACUUCGCGGCCCAUACUGGAUUCGGAUAAUAUACCGCAAAAACUUUGCUGUAGACAUGCGGUGUUAUGCCGGAGAUCAAGUCUGGUUGCAACCAGCAACCCCGCCGAGAGGGGGUCCAUCAGUUGGAGGAUCACUACCAUGUCCACAGUUUCGACCUUUUAUUAUGGAGCAUGUAGCUCAGGAACUGAAUGGCAUAGAUUCUAAUUUUCCAGGGGCUCAACAAGCACUUGGACUCACAAAUUUAAGUAAUCCCAAUCCAAGUUCAGUUCCACAGCUGUCAGCUGCCAAUGGAAAUAGAACGAACCUCUCAAAUUCUGCUGCUGCAAUCUCUCGACCUGGAAAUGCAAUAGCUGGACUCAACCGCCUAGCAAAUGCUCUUCCAGGACCUACAAAUCUGGCUGCCGUGAAUCCAUUACGUAGAUCACCUGGCUCAGGUGUCCCUGCUCAUGUUAGAGGGGAGUUAAAUACUGCUAUAAUUGGACUUGGGGACGAUGGAGGUUAUGGUGGCGGAUGGGUCCCUGUUGUGGCACUUAAAAAAGUCCUUAGAGGUAUUCUCAAGUAUCUUGGAGUACUCUGGCUGUUUGCACAGUUACCAGACCUAUUGAGAGAGAUCUUGGGAUCAAUUCUGAAAGAUAAUGAAGGUGCACUACUGAACUUGGAUCAGGAGCAGCCGGCCUUGCGCUUCUUUGUUGGGGGCUACGUCUUUGCUGUUAGUGUUCACAGAGUUCAACUUCUCCUCCAAGUCCUUAGUGUAAAAAGGUUCCAUCAUUCUCAACAACAGCAACAAAAUGCAGCUGCUGCCCAAGAGGAAUUAACUCAGUCUGAAAUAGGCGAGAUAUGUGACUACUUUAGUCGUCGUGUUGCAUCAGAGCCUUACGAUGCUUCUCGUGUUGCUUCAUUUAUUACGCUUUUGACUCUACCAAUUUCAGUUUUAAGAGAAUUUUUGAAACUUAUUGCAUGGAAGAAAGGAUUGGCUCAAGGGCAAGGUAAUGAUAUAGUUUCUGCACAGAAAUCCCGCAUUGAACUUUGUCUUGAGAAUCAUGUUGGAUUUAAUGCGGAUGGGAACUCAGGAAAUUCAUCUGCGUCCAAAAGCAAUAUUCAGUAUGAUCGGGCUCAUAACUCGGUCGAUUUUGCAUUGACAGUUGUUCUUGAUCCUGCACACAUACCACCCAUAAAUGCUGCUGGUGGUGCUGCUUGGUUGCCAUACUGUGUCUCAGUGAGAUUGAGAUACUCAUUUGGUGAAAAUCCUAAUGUAUCUUUUGUUGGAAUGGAGGGGAGCCAUGGUGGCCGUGCAUGCUGGAUGCGAAUCGAGGACUGGGAUAAAUGUAAACAGAGGGUAGCCCGAACUGUUGAAGUGAAUGGAUCUUCUGGUGGGGAUGCUAAUCAGGGAAGGUUGAGGGUUGUUGCUGACAGUGUACAAAGAACACUGCACGUAAGCCUUCAAGGGCUAAGAGAUGGCAUUGGAAUGACUUCUUGA